AUGGCCAUGUCCACAAAACCUGUGGCGAUCGUCGUCGGCGCUUCCAGAGGAUUGGGUCGCCAGAUCGCCCUUUCACUCGCAAGCAACAACUACGCAGUCGUCGUCGCUGCAAAGACAACCAGCGCUCCUGGGACGACCACGGAGACCCCGGACCCAAACUCGCCAGCCUCGACGAUCACGACCGUGACCAACGAGAUUAGAAAGGCAGGCGGAGACGCCACAGCCAUCCAGGUGGACGUCCGCUUCGAAGAGAGCAUCAAGUCGUUGAUCUCGCAGACCAUAUCCACCCAUGGCCGCCUCGACGUGCUCGUCUACAACUCGGGCGCCAUCCACUGGGCCCCCGUCAAGAACACCCCGCUCGCCAAGUUCAAGCUCAUGCAGAGCAUCAACCCCACGGGCCUCUUCACCACCGUCCACUUUGCCCUGCCGCACCUGCUGGCCUCGCCCACCGCGCGGCAGGCCAGGAUCGUCGUCAUCAGCCCGCCCAUCUACUCCCGCUUCUUCCGCGGCAAGACCCCCUACGCCAUGGGCAAGGUCGGCAUGUCCGUCCUGACCAAGGGUCUGGCCAUGGAUAUCCAGAGAGACGACGCCAUGCGCGGACGCAUCAGCAUCACGAGCCUGUGGCCCGCCGUCGCCAUUGAGAGCGCCGCCACCCAGCAGUUCACAAAGGUGAACCCGGAGGAGCGCAACGACCUGAGGAAGGCGGCCAUCUUUGGCGAUGCCGUCCUGGCCAUCUUAAAGGCCGACGGCGACAAGGUCAACGGGGAGCUGCUGCUCGACGAGGACUUUCUCCGGGAGCAGGGCGUCACCGACUUUGACCAGUACAACCUGGUCCCCGGCACGGCACCGAGGCGCAUCAUGCCACAGCAGCUUCCCGAUCUCACAGUGGCAGAGCAGGAUGACCAAGGGAAGAGGUACGAUAGUUCCGCUAAGAGUAAGCUGUGA